GUCUCGAUACGCCUGUCAGUAGACACAACAUUAAAACGGAGAAAUAUCACAAAGAAUUCGUUGAAAAAACAUUCAAAAUUGUAGUUAAUAAGUCGACUCAACUGAAUCCAAGUCAACCAGUUGAGCAGGAGACGUGUGAGCAACCACAUAGUGGCCGAUAUUAGAAGGAAUCUUCACAAGCGGAGCCAUAGAUGUGGCAUCGUCCACAAAACUCCCAGGGCACCACAUUCGCUUAGAGACAAGUGGAAGUGGUGGUGGGUGCAGCAGCAGCACAAGCAGCAGCAACAGCAACAGCACCAGUAGCGGUUUCUGGCCGAGAUCACUGCAUGUGGACACGGACUUGCCGCACCUGAAAGGUCACUCCGUAACAACGACACGUAACGGCGAGCGGUUCAAGGACGCUCGGCUGAGACUUAGCGCUCAGCGAAGGGGGACCCGCAAGAGCAGCAGUGCCCGGGCGCUAGGCAAGCCGAAGCCCCUGUCCUUCGGCAGCUGGCUGCGCCGCUCCGCCCUCUGGUCCACCAGUGUCCACGCGCCCCACUCCCACGUCAAGCGACUGCUGCGAAAGAUGGCCGUCAAGCAGAACAACAGUGAGGCUGGCGAGGCCCCGGAAAAUGCCGGAGGCAGCGGCAGCGGUCUGCCCCCCAAUGCCAAGCCCAGCACCUCAAACGGAAUAAAAAUCAUUGCCGAUGGAAACGGCGCCGCCGAAAGCAUGGAAACGGGUUCGUCCGCCGGCGAGGGCUCCGGCCCCAGUCGCCAGGGCAAGCGAGACUUUAAUACGCUGCUAAGCAACCUGCAGAGUCUGGAGCCGGCGGAGGAGACGGUCCAAAUGUACGAGCGGGUGAUUGUGGACCUGGCACGCAUGCAGAUGCCCCUGGCGCCUUCGGAGCUGAAGCGCUUCAAGGAGGACGUGAUCAAGGUGGGCGCAUAUUUGGCCGCUCGCAACGAGAAGUUCCAUCAGAUGUUCUACCUGCGGGUCGUCUACGAGCUAAUCACCAAGUCCCCCUCCGAUCGGGCGCCCUCUUGUGCGGUGGCUGUUGUAUUCAAGCUGUUCGAUAGCACCCAGAUCCUGGAGGCGGUGCACUCGCUUCUGGAGCAGAAUGUGCAUGAUUCCAGCAUUCAAAAAACGGUGGGUCUGCUCUGCGAAUGGAUAACGUAUUGCAGCUUCUGCAGCAAUCUGAAUCUGUGGGUGAUGGCUCUGCUCACCGGGCUGGAGGAACAGGGCAAGCGUGCUCUUCUCGACGAGAUUGCGUUGGAAAAUAUUGAUAAGCUCUUUAAGCUGCUCAUCAUUCCGGUGCUGCGGCCCAAGGCCGCCCCGAUAGUUUUCCAUAUGCUGUCGACGACUAAUUACACGCCCGAGGUUUUUCACAAGAUAUUGCCAAAGAUCCCCCGUGUCCUGCACUUUAUAAAGAUACAGUUGAAUACAGCGGACGAGAAUGAGCUGGAGAUUCGCGAUUGUCUGCAGCAGCUAGUGGACCUCACCAGCGCUUUGAUGCUGCACUUUCACGAGCACGACGAGCUCUAUACGCCGGUCAAGAAGACGCUGCAGAUGUAUAACCCCUCGGCGAACUGUGUGGCCCUGGCGCGGGCCAUGCACGAGAGUGCCCAGCCAUGGGGUCGGCGGAAUGCGCGAGUGGGGCUGGUUAACCUGGGCAACACCUGCUACAUGAACAGCGUACUCCAGGCGCUGGCCAUGACAAGCGACUUUAGCCGGCAGAUUCUGCUCAUAGAGUGCGACUCGCUGCUGCUGAAGAAGGUGCAGCAGCAGAUAGCCUUGAUGCAUCACUCGAUGCGCUAUGAGCUGACGCCGUCACGAGUGCUAGACGCCACCCGGCCACCUGGCUUUAUGCCGGGGCUGCAGCAGGACAGCUCCGAGUUCCUAGGUCAUCUGCUCGACCUGCUGCACGAGCAAGAGAUCAAAAGCUCCUCCUCGGAGACGGCUCCGAAGCCCGGCGACGAAUUGCUCAGCGAGGAGAUCGUGACCAGCGGGGUGAUACCCUACAACAGCAAUGAUCAUGAACUUAGCAGCGGUUGCAGCAGCGCCAAUAAGACAGCUCCCAAUCCGCCCGCAACACCCACCAAAGGCACAAACGGCAGCUCUCAGCAGGGACUUUCCCCGAAGCUAGCUUCCACCAUCGAUAAGACUUUCGCCGGGAAGCUGUCGACCACCUAUCGGUGCCUGAGUUGUGGCUGGGAGAGCCGCAAUGAGGAUAGCUUCAGGGAGCUUCAGCUAUCCUUCCCAGACGUCAAGGACGACUGCGGAGCUACCAACUACUCGGUGCAGGACCUCAUCGAGUACUUCUGUUCGCCGGAGAAGCUGGACGGCGACAAUCAGUACCACUGUCCGUGCUGCAAGAAGCAUUGCGAUGGAGAACGACACAUCGGGGUCACCCAGGCGCCCAGGAACCUAAUCCUUACGCUCAAGCAGUUCAAGUACGACCAGAAGUACCACUAUCGCACCAAGUUGAUGCACAAGGUGUUCCACGACGAGAGUGUAACCGUCAAGAUGUGCGCCACCGACUCGCUGCAGGAGAUGUCCACGGUGCACUAUGACCUCUAUGCUGGCGUGGUGCACUCCGGCUUCAGCAUGGACUCCGGCCACUACUUUACGUUUGCAGCGGAUCAGUCGAAGAACUGGUACAAGUUCAACGACAACCUGGUGACCCAUUCGCAGCCGGAGGAGAUGCACAACCUCACCUCGCCCAAUACGCCCUACAUACUCUUCUACAAGAUGUGUGCUCGCUCCAACGAAUCAAAUGGUGCGUCCUCCGCCAGCUGCAGCUCGAGCAUAAACGGAGGAUCGGUGGCGGGGGGAGGCCAUCAGGUGGUCUCGGUGCCGAUAUCGCCGCCACUGACGCUGGAGGAAUUGCCCCGCCAACUGCGCGACUAUGUCAAAAAGGACAACCACAUGUACAACGAGGAGUUGCGGAUGCAGCGCUAUAAGCGAGGCGCCACCGGUGGACACAACAAUGGAUUUGUUAGCCGUCACAACUACGACGGGGAAGGGGAUGACGACGAUGAUGACCAGGAACUGCCGCCGUCCGGCGGAUGCGGUGGCAAUGGCCUGGGCAUGAACAUCAAUCGUUUUGUCUACUGAGGCGAUCGGUGGAGCGAGGGGAGCGAGCAGACUGGAAGUCACCACUAGACUACAUACACACACAACCAUAUAUAUAUAUAAAUAUAUAUAUAUAGUAUAUAUAUAUAUUUGUCUACUUUAUAAAAGAAACGCGCAUACUAAUCUCUAAAUGUUACAUACAAAUAUAUAUAUAUAUAUAGAGCCGAUCGAGAUACAUACGAUACACAAGGCUAUAAUAGCGUAUGUGGCCGCUCUGCGCUCUCCGUUCGCUCUUCCGUUGUUUUCCAUACUCCAUUUCCACACUAAUCCCCGAAAUCCAGUUUCGAACUCCCCAACGAACUCCACUCCACUCCAUCCACUCUCAUACAUACGCGAAACUAUGAAUGUAUUGUUAUGAUUUUUUUGUUUUUGUUAACACAAACAUAGUUUUUAGAACGAGCAUACAUAUACAUAUAUAUAUGCGUACACACACAUAUAUAUACUGAUACUGAUAACAAUUAAAAAUGCAUCUGAAAUUGCCAGAGAAGCGAAACAGAGAGAUGGAGAGCUAUAUACUCGAGGAUCUAAGAAGACCACUGACUUCCAAAGCAGACAAGCAGCUAAAUCAGAGGAGAAGGCACACACUAGCUUCAGCUCGGAGAAGGAUAUCAUCACAGCGAGCGGGGAGCAUUAGGGACCCUCCCCCGACAAUGACUUGUACAAAAGUGAGCUGGUUAAUACCCCAAAAUCUACGUAUUAUUAGUUUCCCUGUUGAUUUUUUGUUAAAAACGAAUUUGUAAUCGAUAUUCAACACAACUCUUUGGAAUCUGGUGAGCAGAGAACGGCGAUUAACUUGGAUAUUAUUGCAAUUAAAUUGGAAUAAUUUCAAAGAACCUUUGUAUAUGGUGUAUGUCUAUUGAUAACCAAAAUCUAUACUAUAUGCUAUGCUAUAAGUGUAUCAAUAAAGAGAAAAGAACAAGCCCAGAA